AUGGAUCCGUACGAUAACGACUCCUCCGGUAUCGAAGACUUCACCGAGACCAACGUCCUCCUUGGUUACGCCGAUGACAAUGCUUCUGACGAUUCGAUCAGUCAUCUUGGCGGAUGGCCGACCUGGAUUGACCCCGCCAGCCCACCACCCGGUGAUUUAGCCAAAUGCAAAGUCUGCAACAACCCAAUGUUGCUUCUCCUCCAGCUACAUGGUGACCUGCCGGAACACUUUCCUCACGAUGAACGGUGGUUGUAUAUCUUUGGGUGCCCCAGGAAAUCCUGCUCUAGGAAACCCGGAAGUAUAAGAGCGCUGCGCGGUGUAAAGAAGCACAAAAUUGCAAACUCGACUUCACGACAACAGCAAACUCAAACUAAGAAACUGGGAGAUGCACCGGAGCCCACCCCGGCCGAGAGCAAGUCUAAACAAGAUCUUGGCUCGAGUCUCUUUGGUGCGGCUCCCUCUAACCAUAGACAAUCAGCCAACCUAAACCCGUUUUCAACCGCAUCCUCCAACAGCUUAGCAAACCCUUUCGCUCCCCUUGCUCCUACAUCCACCCUAGCUGCAAAACCUCCCCAAAAGCCAUCCUCAUCCCCACCAACUGAAUCCCUCCCUGAAACGUUCGCCGAAAAGGUCCGCCUCUCCUCCCCGCCCCUGCCACACCCCACGAAAGUAGCAGCAGGACCCCCGCUUCCUUGGCCACCGCAAUCCGCAUUCCCAAAGCCUUAUCCCCAUCACCACCUUGAUGCAGAAUACGAAACACUCUCCCACCCGUCCUCCCCCAUCUUACACAACCCAGCACAACCAGUCAUCAUGGAAGAGGACCCUUCCACAACCUCCGGCGCAGACCCCAAGGAAACUUUUGAAUCCAGCAUCGACAAAUGCUUCCUGCGCUUCUCUACCCGACUAGGCCAUAACCCGGAGCAAGUCCUCCGCUACGAAUUCCGCGGAGUGCCCUUACUGUACUCCACAACCGAUGCGGUGGGCAGACUAUUCUCCCAAUCCUCCUCCUCCUCACCCGCCAAAUCAUCGCAUAUCAUACUAUCCAGCAACAGCGCGGCGAGCCAGAGUCCGAAUAGGAUUCCCCUCUGCGAGUAUUGUGGACGCGAACGCGUAUUUGAAGUUCAGCUCACGCCGCAUGCGAUCACGGUGCUUGAAGAGGGGCGGGAAAAUAUUGGGCUUGGGCCUACCGACGAUGCGGGGAUGGAGUGGGGCACUGUGAUCUUAGCGGUUUGCUCGGCGAAUUGUGGAUUAGAGCAUGAGGGGGUAUUGGGGUGGAGGGGAGGAGUGGGGUUGGUGUUCAAUGGGAGGAAAGAAUCGCAGGGAAGUAGUUGGGGAGAUGCUGUAUUUUGA